AUGUUCGACCCCGCCGGACCCCCGGCCGCCGGCUACAGCGAGCACUGCUGCCUGCGCCCCCCCCACGGACCAGCCCCCGCCGCCCCGGGACCACCAGGCCUCGAUUUCCCCGUGUGCCACCAGCCCGGGCACCGUGGGUAUGGGCUGGCACCAGGGGCCGAACACCCCGGUGAUGGCUCCCGGUUCUCCACGCCCCGCGGCGCGGGGAAGCUGGGGAAGAAGCGGGCGCUGUCCAUCUCCCCCCUGUCCGACUCCAGCAUCGACCUGCAGACCGUGAUCCGAACCUCUCCCAACUCCCUCGUCGCCUUCAUCAACUCCCGCUGCGCCUCCGCCGGCGGCUCCUACGGGCACCUCUCCAUCAGCACCAUCAGCCCGUCCCUGGGGUACCAGAGCCCACCCGGGCAGCAGAAGGGCCAAGGUCACCUGUACACGCCCCCCCCUCCCUGCAGCUCCCACGAGCCCCUGCCCACGCGCCCAGGGCUCCUGCACCACCCCCCCGCUCGUGGGGCCCUCAAACACUGCCAGCAGCUGAAGCUGGAGUGGAGCCUGAGCAGCCCCCUGACUGCCAAAUUCCCAGAGGAGAGAUCCGAGGGCGACAUCUCCAGCCCGGCGUCCACGGGCACCCAGGACCCCCUGCUGGGGAUGCUGGAUGUUCGGGAAGAGCUGGAGAAGGAGGACGGGAAGGCCGAGUGCGAGGCCGUGUACGAGACCAACUGUUACUGGGACGGCUGUGCCAAGGAGUUCGACACGCAGGAGCAGCUGGUGCACCACAUCAACAACGAGCACAUCCACGGGGAGAAGAAGGAGUUCGUGUGCCACUGGGCAGCCUGUUCCCGGGAGCAGAGGCCCUUCAAGGCUCAGUACAUGCUGGUGGUGCACAUGCGGCGUCACACGGGCGAGAAACCUCACAAGUGCACGUUCGAGGGCUGUAACAAGGCCUAUUCCCGCCUGGAGAACCUCAAGACUCACCUGCGCUCGCACACGGGGGAGAAACCCUACGUGUGUGAGCACGAGGGCUGCAACAAGGCCUUUUCCAACGCCUCCGACCGCGCCAAGCACCAGAACCGCACCCACUCCAACGAGAAGCCGUACGUGUGCAAGAUUCCGGGCUGCACCAAGCGCUACACGGACCCCAGCUCCCUGCGGAAACACGUGAAGACCGUGCACGGCCCCGACGCCCACGUCACCAAGAAGCACCGGGGGGAUGUGGGGCCGGGCCGGGCGCUGCCCACCCCCAGCGCCCCCCUGGACAUGAAGCAGGAGAAGGACAUGAACGGCCCCGGAGAGACCCGGAAGGACGACGGGAAGCUCCUGGUGCCCGACCUGGCCUUGGUGAGGAGGGGAGUGGGGGGGUGGUGGGGGUCACCCCCAGGUAACAGUGCAAGAGGAAACAGCCUCAAGUUGUGCCAGGGGAGAUUUAAGUUGGAUAUCAGGGGUAAUUUCUUUGUGGAAAGGGUUGCCAGGUGUUGGAAGGGGCUGCCCAAGGGAGUGGUGGAGUGCCCAUCCCUGAAA